AGCUCUAACUCAAACCACGAAGAAGAGGAAGGACGGGAAGCGCGAAGGACAGUCUUGUGUCGCUGCGACUGAAUGGGAAGCUAAGCUAACUGUGUUUCCCCAACAUGGCAGCUCAUCUGAAGAAGCGCGUGUACGAGGAGUUUUCUAAAGUCGUCCAGAUUCCUCAUGAAGAAACUCCGGCGAAGACGCUGCGUCUGUCCAAACCCAGUAAAUCUGCAGCUCUACACAUCGACCUCUGCAAAGCCACAAACUCCACCGACGCCCUGCAGUAUCUGCUGCAGUUCGCCCGUAAGCCUGUGGAGGCGGAGAGCGUGGAGGGCGUGGUCCGGAUCCUGCUAGAGCACUACUACAAGGAGACGGACAACUCUGUGCGGCUGAAGAUCGCCUCUCUGCUCGGCCUGUUGUCUAAAACUCAGGGUUUCAGUCCCGACUGCAUCGUGGAUGACGCCAUCGGCACGCUCAGCAAUGAGAAGUCUCAUCAGGUUCUGGCUCAGCUGCUCGACACUCUGCUGGUUAUCGGAUCUCAUCUUCCUGAGAGUCCAGCUGUCAGACUGAGGCUCAUAGAGGUGGCUUAUAAGGUAACACACAUCCUAACCCCGUUCACGUGUCUGAAGUUUUUGGGUUCUCGACACCCGACUCUGGUUCUGCCACUGGUUCCGGAACUGCUCAGCACACAUCCGUACUUCGACACUCCAGAACCGGACAUGGACGACCCGGCCUACAUCGCGGUUCUGGUCUUGGUGUUUAACGCUGCCACGUCAUGUCCCACGAUGCUGGCGCUGUUCUCUGACCACACCUUCAGACACUACGCCUAUCUGAGGGACAGCCUGUCCCACCUGGUGCCGCCGCUCAGGCUGCCCGGCAGGAAGCAGGUCUACGGUCUGGACUCGGUGGAUUCUGGUUCUGGUUCUGGUUCAGUGGAAUCGUCUCAGCUUUUCCUUCAGCAAAGUCUGAACAGAGUCAGUACCAUCCAGAACCUGGAGGCAGCCGGAGCUCCGGACCUGCUGGACCUCACCAUACGCAAACUUUAUGUGGUUCCAGCAGCUGUGAGGGACGUUCAGAGCAUCAUCAGUGAUUACUUUGGAGAUCAGGACCCCAGAGUUCGAACUGCUGCCCUCAAAGCCAUGCUGCAGCUGCAUGAGAGAGGAAUGAAGAUCCAGCAGAUCAUCUAUGACCAGGCCUGCGGACUGCUGUCAGAUGACUAUGAGCAGGUCCGAUCUGCAGCGGUCCAGAUGGUUUGGGUUCUCAGUCAGCUGUACCCUGAAAGCAUCGUGCCCAUCCCGUCGUCCAAUGAGGAGAUCCGACUGGUUGAUGACGCAUUUGGGAAGAUCAGUCACAUGGUGGGUGACGGUUCCUGGAUGGUCCGAGUGCAGGCGGCUAAAACCCUGGGCUCGAUGCUGCAGGUCAGUCCUCACUUCCUGGAGCAGACGCUGGAUAAGAAGCUGAUGUCUGACCUCAGAAGGAAGCGAACGGCUCAUGAACGGGCCAAAGAGCUCUUUGCUUCUGGAGAGUUCUCCUCUGGCAGGAAGUGGGCGGACGACGCUCCGAAGGAGAAACUGGACACCAACACCGUCAACCUGAUCGCCUCUGGGGCCUGUGGAGCCUUCGUCCACGGCCUGGAGGACGAGAUGUUCGAGGUUCGCAUCGCGGCGGUGGAGGCUCUCUGCCAGUUGGCUCGAUCUUCUCCCAGCUUUGCUGAGAAAUGUCUGGACUUCCUGGUGGACAUGUUCAAUGAUGAGAUCGAGGAGGUGAGGCUGCAGUCCAUCCACGUCCUGAGACAGAUCUCCACCCACAUCACUCUGCGGGAGGACCAGCUGGACACGGUUCUGGCUGUUCUGGAGGAUUCAUCUCGAGACAUCAGAGAAGCUCUUCAUGAGCUGCUGUGCUUCACCAACGUCUCCACCAAAGAGUGCAUCCAGCUGGCUCUGCUGGAGCUGCUCAAGAACCUCAACAAGUAUCCCACCGACCGCAACUCCGUCUGGAAUUCUAUCCUGGAUGAGACCUAUAAGCUGGAGUUCCUGUACAGUGGUCUGGAGAACCGACAGGUGGCCACGAUUCAUCACGUCAGACUGCAGGCCAAAGCUCUGCAGCUGAUCCUGACCGCCAGAACCAGACACGGGUUGGAUUCUCUGAUCAGCAGCUGUGAGAAGUUUCUGCAGGACAUCGACUCUUUUCAGAGGCUCUUCCUGACCGAGCUGCCUCACCUCCACGACAGUUUUGUGGAGAAGCUGGUGGAGCUGCUGCCUCGGCUGUCUUCCUGUAAACCGGUGGAACUGGUGAAGAUCCUGCAGACGACGCUCAGACAGAGCGGAUUGCUGCAGCUCCAACUACCUGAGCAGAUCCAUCGGGCCACAGCCACCAUCAUAGAACCGACUGGGGAGUCCGACAACCCGCUGAGGUUCACGUCCGGCCUGGUGGUGGCGCUAGACAUCGACGCCACGCUGGAGCACGUCCAGGAUCCUCAGAACUCCGUUAAAGUUCAGGUUCUGUAUCCAGACGGUCAGAGUCACGUGAUCCAUCCUAAACCUGCAGACUUCAGGAAGCCUGGACCGGACCGACACCGACUCAUCACACAGGUGUACCUGUCACACACGGCAUGGACAGAACCCUCUCAGAUCGAAGUGCGCCUCCUGCUGGCCUACAGCUCCUCCUCCGCCUCCCUCUGCUCCUCCAGACUGGGAUGGAGCGACAGCAUCGACAGCCUCCCGCCUGCAGAGGGCGCCGUUGAAGGAACCAUCCCCUUCAGCAAACCUGUCAAAGUGUUCAUCAUGCCCAAACCCGCCCGACGCUGAAACAGAACCACUGGAGCUCCUGAGAGGAUCUCAGAUGGUUCUGGUUCUGGUUCUGGACUGAAGGAAGACGUCAGUUACACUUUCAGCUGGAGAUUCACAAUAAAUCAGAACCAAACCCGUUUCAGACUAUAAAUAACGGUCCAGUCGUAGGCACCAGAACCUGUUUUUACUGCUGUUUGUGAUGAAGGUUCAUUUUCUACUUUUAUUUGUGCAGCAAACAAGAAAAACCACAAACUGCUGACACUGCAUUUUACCAACAAACGCCUGUUUGACAUUCUUUCAUCUGAAAGUCCACUAAAUUGGCUCCAGAGUCAAAAGUAGUUGUUGCACUUUUCAUUUUCUCUAAAAACAUUUGGAAUGUUUUCAUCUUGUGUAAAACUUCAUGAAGUUCGGUUGAAGUGUUUUUCCAGAACAUCAGACAGAAGCUUUGGUUUCUUCACACAUGUUCCAGGUUACUGGUCAGUGUUGUAUGAAAAGGUGACAGAUGGAAAGUGAAGCUGUUUAAAGUUACCAGAUUAAAAUGAAACCAGCUGUAACUGGACCUUGUGGAUCAUUGGACCUGCUGGCCUGAUUCUACGAGCUGAAGCAGACUGAACUGCCUCAGACAGACCAAUAUUAUAAAUGAAACAUGCAGUUUAACUGAGAA